AUGUUCCUCAGGGGUGCUGUGAGAGCUGGAGGAGGUGUUUCGUUGACUGCAACUAGAUCUGUCUCUUCAAAAUACCCGAAGCCUGUACCACGACCGUACAGGCGGCGUCUCUUCGAAGCUGCUGUUGCUCCUGUUCUUCCGGAGAAGAUAAAUGUUUGUAGCCCGAAUGUUUUCAAAAGAGGAGUAGAAGCUGAGGUGCGUAUCAACUUGGGCAUUGUUUCUUAUGAAUGUUCUGAGGAAGGCCUUCCAGAACAUCACAGCAUCUUUUGA